AAUAGAUACAAAAGAAUAGGCGAGCAGAACGCACGCACAACAGUACUAAACAUUUUAUAGAACGGAUUAGCGACCAACGUUGCGUGAAAAGCAGGCUUCACAUUGGCACAGAGCUAGCCGAAUUUAUGCAACCCGAAAUAAGAAAGAACUCGUUUUCAUUUACAUAAGUAGCCGAGUAAACACGAGGGUCGCCGCGCUGUGUCUGUAAGUUUGUUCGCGCGCCGGCGGUCGUGUCCGUAGUGAUUUUACCAUGUGUGAACGAUAUGUUCUGGUCGUCGGUCUGUUGGCUGUAGCUGCGUCUUUCGUAAGCGAUUGCAACGCGAAACUUGCACCCGACUUCAUCGUGCCAUGCAACAACACAGAGCCAGCAUGUCUCAUAAAAGCAACCAAAGACGCUAUUCCUGGCUUCUCAAAGGGGCUGCCACACUUGGGAGUACCUUCCCUGGACCCGUUUGUCAUCGAUGAGCUCCCCAUCCAGUUGCCAGGCAUUAAGGUCACUUUCUACGAAGGAAAAGUCACUGGGCUGAAGAAAUGCGAGGUGCUCAAUGUUGAGGCAUAUCUGGAGAAAAACAUUUUCACAUUGGAAGUUCGGUGCAACAUCACGAUCAAAGGGAAGUACACGGCCGUCGGAAGAUUACUGCUCUUCCCCAUCAACGGGGAGGGCGACUCCAAAAUUAAAAUUGUUAACUCCGUGAUCAAACUGAACAUCAAGACUAAGUACUUCAAAGACGCGGAAGGUCGGGACCACUUCGGUAUCAGGAGCUAUAGGUACAACUUCGACUACGGGGAGAGGAUCGUGUAUACCAUCACCAAUCUCUUCAAGGGCAAUCCAGAAUUAAGUAACACAGUGCUGCAGUUCUUGAACGAAAACUGGAGAGUGGUUACCGAGGAGUUCGGAAAACCAGUUGUGGACUACGCGAUCAACGUAACAGUUACCACUGCGAAGAAAUUCUUCGAUGCGGUACCAUACGACGAGUUGCUCUAUGUGCCAAUACCUAAGUACUAGUGUCAAAGACCUGUCUAGUGAUCGCAGAGCACUAAUGAGAUCUUGUAACUGUGUGUGUGAUCUUUGCUCUGUGCUAGUGAUAUUAUACUUAAACGUGUUCUUUUUAUUAAUGUGUUGUUUUGGUAAAUUAUUAUUUUUUUGGUACUCGAAAUUUGAAACAAGUUUAUCAGAUUUUUGAUCAAAUGAUUAGUUCGCAUAUGAGUAAUUAUUAUUUUCAAUGGCUAAUUUUUUAAUUUGUGAAGUUGUAUCUGUUUCAUCUAAGCCGCCAGAGGGUAUUUUAGUUUAUUAAAUUUUUAAUGUACAUAAGAAAUAUGUAGUAUAAAAGGCAAAUGUAUUAAUAAUUAUGUACCUUUUUAAAAGCAGAUUAAAUGUGAUAGUGGAUUUUUGUAGUUACCUUAAAGCUAGAUAGCCAUUUUUAGAGUUCUAUGGACGGUGAAUUAUAAAUAUCUUACCGAAGAAAGAAGUGCAUAUGACAAAGAAUUGUUUUACUGGAAAUAUUAUAGAAUCUGCACCAAUUUCUUCCGUUUUAUUGUUAACACCAAAUUAAAUUUCUUUUAAACUUUACUUCAAGAAACAGAUUUUUUUGUUUUGUAGCAUUAUUUUAAAAACAGUUAGAUGUGCACCUACAAUAGACUACAAAGGAAAAUUGUUUUACAAAGUUUAUUUAUUGUUUCGUACCCCUGUCAUUCAACAUUUAAGUUAAAAUUUUAAUCUAAUAAAGAAAUAUGUAUCGAUAUUAUUUUCUACAUCAUA